GCAGCCCAGAAACUGUCAAAUCGCGAAUGAAAUUGAUUUGUUGAUGGUUCUUGCAAGUUGCAUUAUUUAAAUUUGCAAAUAAACAUAAUGCGAAAACUCUGACUCAAAUACUGAAAAUUCAGUACAAAUUUACUAUUAAAAGAAAAAAAUAUAUAAUCAGAAUGGGUGAUAGCCAAAACGGCUUCGAGGACAAUGAGAUGCUUCAAGCGUUGUAUGACUUCGAAGCAACAUUGGCGAAAACCUUGAGCUUCACGGAGGGCGAGUUUUUCUAUCUACAACAACAGAACGUGAAACAGAGGAACUGGUGGCAUGUCGUUAAUAAAAAGGGUCAAGUCGGCUUUGUGCCCUCCAAUUACGUCGCUACAGUCAAGGUGGAGCCGGAGUUCUUUCUUGCGUUCCUUAGUAGUUGCAUUAAAUCUUUAAAUGAGGACAAUGCCAUGUCGGGGCAGAAGAAGGAGUUGUUAGCUAGGUUGAGUGAAAAAAAGAAGCAGCUGCAGAUAUUAACAAGGCCACAGAACAAGAAGCCACCAGCGCCCAAACCUCCACCACGCCUGGAUGAUGCUACACCUCCUAAUGGUGUCUCUCCAUCUUUUGACUUGAGGCCCGUUGUGUCUCAGCAAUAUAUUAGUGAGGAAAGAGACAGCUCUUCACCAAAGUCGGUGGUUGAUAAUGAUGAUAAUAGUAAGAAAACUGGCAUUACCAAAACUUCCUCGAUCCAGUUAUCCUCAGACACAGACAACCAAGAUGACAGUCAGGAUAGCAGCGAGAGUAUCAAACCUAACGCCAUAUAUGACAUAGUGCAGUCUGUCCGUAAGGAGACGCAGCUCAGUCAUGAAAUGUCUAAGGUGGCUGUGGAGACUGUCCUUAUAUCCUUGAGGGAGUUCCUACCCGGCGGUGCUGCGCGUUCAAUCAUCGAUGCGCUUCUCCGAGAAGCGAACAGCAACAUAACAUGCCCUCGGAACGCCAUGGACGCGGCGCCGGACGCGCUGCGCAUGCUGACGGCGCUCAACGCGCUGUCGAAGGCGGCCAACGACGCGCAGCAGCGCGGCUGGGCGCUGCACGACGACGCGCACGACAUACAGACGCAAUUGCUCGAGCUUAUUUCUGUUAUGUCCAACGCGGAUGUGAAUAUAUCGCAACACGUGCUGAGCAGCCACCGCUACGCUUACGUGACCACUCUAGUGCAGUACUACCAGAUGGAGACACGAUGGCCGCUAAGACAACUUCUCCUACAAGCCUUCGGCGUGAUGUGCGGCCUGGAGCGCACUGCACUAGCCACGUUGGCGCUGUCGCAGCUGCCGCCCGAGAUCGCGCGCGACAUGCGCGACAACCCGCGCGCCGUGAGCCGCCUGUCGCACUCCGCGCUGCUGCUGUCCAUGGUGCUGUCCAUGGCCGACAAGCUGCCCGUCACACACUUCGAAAUACUCGGCGUAGAAUUCGCUGAAUUCCUCCUAGAGCUGAUCGAGAAUCCCCCAGAAACAGAUGUGGACGAGCAAAUACCGGAUCUUUUCCUGACGCUGCUCCUGGCCUACAAUCUACAGUUCGAUACUCCGGUAGAUAAUCUGCUGCUCAACGCGCUGGAGAGGAGGGACAAUGCCAAGACUUUCUGUGAGAAGGUGCUGCUGUUGCUUAACCGAGAAGACGACCCAGUCCACAUCUUCGACCACGAACCGGCCCCAGCGCACUCUGUACUAAAGCUGGUUACCGACCUGUUCUCACGCAAGAAGACCGCCGAGCACUUCUACACCAACGACGUCAAAGUAGCCAUCGACAUUAUCGUGAGACAGCUAGCUGACUUGUCGCCGGGAGAAACGCGCCGUCAAGAAUACCUAAAGAUCCUCCAAGGCAUCAUCCGCAACACCGACUACGGUUCCCACCUGCACCGCCGGGACGACCUGCUGCGCUGCUUCGCCCGCAUCUUCUGCGAGGAGGGCGACUCCAGCCGCGGCGACCAGGCGCUCGUCAGGGCCGUGUCCAACGAGUUCCCGCAAUACUUCAAGGCCUAAGGUCAGUGUGGACGACUACUGGUACUGAACAUACCUUCAACGGUCACUGCAGGUCGCGGAGACAGGCCUAAACGAAGUAUUCAAUUACGCUUUUGAGACGGCGGACGUGAAUGGUUUCUGCUUCUUUAUCUUCUAGAAUAGCCAGUACAUUCCCAAUGCAUUGAACAUUAGAAACUUACAUAGAAGGAGUCGCUAGAGCUAGAUAGAAAAUAAUGGCGUUACUUUUGCCAAUUUAAAGUGGAGAAGUAACUGAUCUUUUGAUUGUAAUCUCUCUGCUACUCGAGCGCACUAAAACUUUUCCCUAUGUUAUAUAAGAUAUUUUUACUCGAUUUAAGAAUGUGAGAAUGGGGACUAAAAACAUAACCAUUCCUUCUGGCCUAUAUGAGAAGGCACGCGCAUGACAAUGGUAGAUGCCAAUUAGGGCAUCCGCUAGCUGGCACGGGUGCACGAAGCGGACGCAUUGUAGGUAAAAUCCGUCGCACGGGUUAGCGUUGCUCGUACUUUUUUUCGUUCACCCGCUCCAUGCACCCGCGCCAGGUUGCGGACGCCCUUAUAGCUGAAUGAUAAAGACAAAAUUCCUAAUAACAUAACUGGUCAAAAAUAAUCCUUAUUAUUCACAAGUACCUAUAUCCUUAGAUACUCGUAAAAAGUUCACCAUUAUAUAUUCUUGUCCGAGUUUUACUUUGUUUUAAAAAUAAUAUAUAUUAGUAGAGAUAGUAAGAAGUACUUCACGAAAAAAAAUCGUUAUUACCUUAAAAUAACUGUUACUAUUUAUUACAGUUACAUUGGAUUUAAAUAGAAAACGAUAGCCGUAUUUAUGGUAUCAAAAUUGUCUAUACAAAUAAAACGUUAAUUUAACCUUGUUAUAUUUCAAAAUUUAUGUCUAACGAUGUUAUAAAUGUGUGUGUGCGUGUAUGUGUGAUUACCUGGUGUCUAAAAGUGAAAAGAAUGUAAUAGAUACGUAAAUAUUAUGAUAUUACUAUGGCAAAUACUUUGAAAAAAUAUGUAUUUCUUUGUGACAAUAUGAAGAGUAUAGUUAUAAAAAUUAUCAAAUACCAGUAAUUCACUAUCGACUAAAUUUAUAAAUCGUAGCUUAACUAUUUUUGAAAGACAUCUGUGCUUUUCGAACAUUAGAGGUAACUAGUGCCCUUCGAUGUCAAAGCCAUACCAUCACCAAAGAGUUGUUUUACGUGUCCUGAUUAUUAUAUACAAUAUUGGUAUGUCAAUUAAAAAAAUGCUUUAAAACUGUCCAACCACAAAUUUUAAUAGUCACACCGGUAGCUCAACCCGAAACACCGUAACACUACCGGCCUAAGUAUUUUUAUAUUAUUUAAUUAUAAGCAUAACGUUAGUAAGACUUAGAUAAUUUAGUAAACACAGUUUUUUUAUUGAUCCUAAAAUGGCUUAACAAUUAUUUGCUUUCAAUGAUCGUAAAUUCAUUGCGUAAUUAUGUAUUACUUAUUCAAAAGUUGUUAAGUUAACUCGUUAUUUACAUCCUUUAACUACCAUAUUUAAAUAUCUGUUAUAUUCAUAUAGUACCUUACGAUACAAGUGCGAAAAAUAGGAAAUUCGCAACGAAUGGGGAUAAAUUGAAACACGAUCAAAGGGUGUAUUUUAAAUCGACACGAACUCCGAAUUGCCUGUUCAGACAUGUAUCGUAACAUAACAUUUUACAGUACAUAUGGCCCUUUAAAUUUUCGAUAUAGUUACGUAAUGUGCUAAUUAUCGCACUAGUGCGGUAAAGUAGCACCAUAUGUACUGUAAAAAUAGUAUAUUUUAAAGUUAUAUUAGGCAAAUGUACAUUUUUUGACUAGUAGAAAGUCAGAGCGUUAUUAUAAAACUUCUAUUCUGUACCCCUAGUGUAAAUAUUUUCGACAGCGAAACGUGACGUACGCGUUUGCGUUAAGUGUCAUUUUGUAUGAGAUUUUUGACUUUCUAAAACGUCCCGCUUGGCGCGCUGUUCAAAAACCCAUACAAAAUGACACUUAACGCAAACGCGUACGUCACGUUUCGCUGUCGAAAAUAUUUACACUAGGGGUACUGGUCGCAACAGUUGAUUACCACAUCUUAUAAUAUGAUUAUAAUCAGGAAACGAAUGUUUGUUUGUUUUUUUUUUCUGCUGUUCUUAUACAAUAUCUUUAAUAUAGCAUAGUGUCAGAAAUGUACUCAUUCAUUUCUCUUUCCUUGUGAUGGCAUAUUAUAUUUAACACUUAUUUUAUGUCAUUGUGUACUUAACAUAAAUCAAAUAAGCAAUAUUUUUGCUAGUCAUUGUUGAUUUAGGUACUUAUACACGACUCAUACGAUAUGAUAUAAACAUAGAAUACACUGCAGCUCUCUAUCUUACAUUUCAAAUGUUUAAUUCUAACAAUUAGCCUUUGCACUUAAAUUAUUAAUAUUAAUAAACAAUCAAAUAUACCACACAUCCUUGAUAAGGAAACUUAAUUUGUAAUAUAUCAUCGCAAAUAAAAUCAGCUACAGCUAAAAUGUUAUUUUCCGUUCGGAGUAAUUAGGAUAGUUAUGAAAGCACUAUUAGCAAACUUAUUAUUGUUUAUACUUUCAUAUUAUUUACUUACUCACUUACUCCGUUGGCUCAGCGACCCAAAAUGUGACUUGGCCUCCGACACAAGACAGUGCCACUUUUCUCAGUCCUGUGCGACUUCUCGCCAAUUUUUGACUCGAAGCUCGCGCAUAUCCGCUCCACCAUGUCGUCUGGGGCGUCCGACAGGACAUCCUCCUGCUAGGCUACCCAGGCUCUUUCACGUUCCGAUCUCAAGGUGGCCCAACCAAUGGAGUCUGUGAGCUUUACUUUUAAAUUACUUGUCUUAAAUUAUGAAAUUAUAAGAAAUAGAUUUUCUAGUUAGCUAGGUAUUCUACAUUUAACUGAUAAGGCAUUAUAAAUGGGUAAUUCAAUACACAAAUAAAUGUAAUUUUGUUGCGCACAACUGAUACCUACUAUAAAUACUCUCCAGAACUCCCAAGCCCUUCUAUCCUCCUGGGUCACGACUUAGUGGGAUUGCGGCCUUAUUUGUCAUGUUUUCAAGCUUGUAAGGUAAAGAAAGUGCUUAUUCAUAGUGUAAGAACCGAGAUUUUCCUUUAAAUCAGAUUUUUCAGACGCAAAAUUUGAUGUUACUACAACCCAUUUACGUCUUUAUUUAUAAGUUAAUAAUGUUUGCUGAGUAUUUCUAUUAGAAUUGAGCAAGUAAUACUUAUAAACAUCGCUUUUGUAUUGCGUAUGUCAAUCGGUAAAAAGUACCUCGUUAAUUUUUUUGUCUUUCCAAUUCAUUCAAACAAAACCGUUUUACUAUAUGAUUUUUAUAAAGUGCUCAAGUUUGAAGCCAAAUUUUAGUACAUAGAAGGUAUGUUUAUAUUUUAGUGUAUUUAUAAGGUUAAUUUACGGCGUGGCUGGUAAAAAACAAAUAUUUCUGUGAAGCCGACAGAAUCAACGACAAAAACAACAUUUCUUGUGACUAAGAUCUAUUUUUGCAAGCUACCUUCGUUAAGUUACUUUCGUACCACCACAAUUUCUCAACACCAUUUGUUGGAAAAAACAGUUUAGGGUCUGAAGUUCUAUGUCAUGCCCACGAAUAUUAUUAAAAAAAUACUUAUAUAAUUAGAAAAUGACGGAGGAGCUUGCAAAUAUGACCUAAUGGUGUUGUUAGUAUUAAUAUCGACCAAUAAUCUCAGAGCUUGUACUUGUUCUGUUUCAACAAAUUCUAUUCAAAACAUCAAAUGUAUUUACCAUAUUAUAUACAUAGAUAUGUAUAGUUAGUUUUUCUUGCGCAAAUUUAAUAAUUAUAUGACAUUCUCUAAGUAUCUAAUCUUGAUUGAAAUGGUCUAAUUUACCUAAUUAAUAAAAUUAUGAAAUAAAAACGACGUUCUGUCA